UUUCGCCAGUUCCUUCCUCUGCACGCUCGAUGUUAUUCUACACCAUCUCGACGACCAACUCCUAGGAAACCGCACCAUCCAUUUGGCUAUAAGGCUUCAAACCUUCAGUGGGGACUGGAUUCGCGGUCUACCACCCAUCACGCCGCGGAAGAGCCCCCAUUGACAGACCUUGGCCCUCCGGCUGGGCUUCCCAGGUCUGUUGAACUUAAUGACCUUCCGCCUUUCACCACGCUUAACCAGCUGAGGUGAGCGUUGCAUUUACGCCAUAACUUCAAUUGCUAAGGUUCUUCAUUAGCCGCAUCGCGCUGAGGGCUGGGUGUCCGCCUUCCGAUGUACUCUCAGUUCACCUCAAAUCCAGAUUGGAUUUUUCUAGAGGUCCUCGCUCGAUAGCGAGCUUCAACCAAGGGGUUCGCUCUAUUCCAAAGUGUAGAUAAGCCGCUCAACUCUGGUUUAGAUAAUUCAUUUCAGGACUCACAACGCCAUGACCGCGUUUUCUCGUCGACCUCUUCUGCUACAUGUGCAGUCCGGCCAAGUUGAACUUUUCCCCUCAGACUCUAUCCGAUAUACGGAGCAGGAGCUCGAAAAUAUUGCCAAGGUUGCUCAGCCUUGGAACCGUCAUGCUAGCUCCAAAACUACCGAAGAGCAACAAGUAUCUGACCACUCAGAGUCAGAAACAGAACCAACCUCAGAGUCAGAAACAGAAACAACCUCAGAACCAGAAACAGACUCGGAGGCAGAACUAUCAGAGACAGAAAUCAACUGGCAAUGGAGUGAUUCAGACUCAGAAUUAGAAGACGAAACUCCGCUCGCUGCCCGUGUCUUCUCAGUCGCCCUCACAUCCUUCUUUUCCCCGAAAUAUAGCGAGUCAAUGAUUCGCCAAUUUAAACUUCGACGACAAACACGGUGGUUACUGCUUCAGAUCGCUGGCUCUGAGCCCACACGGUUGCCCCAUUCACACGUCACCUCAAUGAAAGAGGGAAUGCAACCCAUUGAAAUCCAUUCACCAGAGCUCAAGACAGAACAACAAAGUGCUACUGUUCAACGUCUGUCAGAAGCGGUCGCCGAGUCUUAUAAUCGCGAGCAACAACUCGAGGUAGAGUUAGCUUCAAUGCGCGCAAGGACUCGAGAAGAUGCAUUGAAGAUUGUUCAACUCACAGUCGAAAAUCAAAUCCGACAGGAUCUUGGCACAUAUGGGCCCUUAGAAGGAGUCUGGGUGCGAGGUGUCCCUGUCAAGCGGGGAGAUGAUGUUAUUCACGAACUACAUGCACUUGUUGCCUGUAGUGACAUCUAUACGGCAGUCCGCGUUCACACUUUUCUGCCCUUCCAUGACCCCGAAACCUAUCCUGCCAAUCGAAUUCGUUACACUGAUCAGCCGUGGCCAGAGGCCCUCGGCGAUCGAGGUAGUUCUUCCUCUCAAGCGAGUUUUCGGAUGGGUUGGGCUCGAAUAAUUGAAGAACAUACGCGCGAGGAAGCUGAGGCUGCUUACCGUGACAAGACAAGAUCAGUUUCCCGGGAAGAGGCACAUGGCCGAUGGGGAAAGGAGAGUUUGGAGGAAAUCCGGGAAAGAAUCAGACGUAUUUCAGCGGACAUGUAG